UUCACCAUCCCUUUCCCAAAACCAGUUCCGAGAUGCUGCUUAGGGUCCUUGUACUGGGGUCCUAAUAAGUUAUGAAAACACCUAGAGAAGACAGGAGAGGAGGGUUUGAAUUUGAGCAGCCUUUCCUGACAGACCACAUCCAUCUUCCUGGCCUGCCCCUAACUGGGUGACCAAAUCACUAUUCUUAGAGCACGUCCUAAUUGAAAGCUGGAUGAGUGAGCAGUCAGCCCCAACAAAGGUAAUUGGUUGGUCUUACCAGACCUCAGUCCCCAUCAAGGUUAGACUCACCCAAAGGCCUGCCCACACAGAGGGGAAAGGAACACAAGAUGGUCUGGUAAUUGCCCCCUGGAAACUACCAACAGAGUUCCUCAAGAGAGGCUGGGGACUUUUACCAGGAUCCCUUAAGAAUGUAUAUUCUAGACCCAUGCUUCUUCAAAUGCCAGGCAAAAGCAGCAGAGGGAAGAUUAGUAUAGACCAAUUGAUACAUUUUAAAGGGCCAAACAGUAAAUAUUUUGGAUGCUGAGGUCUCCACUCUUACAGCAUGAAAGCAGCCGUAAACAGUAUGUAAAUAAACGAAUGUAGUUAUGUUCCAAUAAAACUUUAUCUGCAAACAGGUACCAGGCCAGUUUGCCAACCUGUAUAGAUGAUCUGACUGCUUUGUGGAGUUGUUCCACUCCCACCCGACCCCCCAUCCUGAGUAUGUCCUUUUCCAGAGCCUGAUCCAACUGCAGACAUGGCAGCUGAGUCAUUGCCUUUUUCCUUCGGGACACUGUCCAGCUGGGAGCUGGAAGCCUGGUAUGAGGACCUGCAAGAGGUGCUGUCCUCAGAUGAAAAUGGGGGUACCUAUGUUUCACCCCCUGGAAACAAGGAGGAAGAAUCAAAAACCUUCACCACUCUUGACCCUGCCUCUCUGGGUUGGCUGACUGAGGAGCCAGGACCAGCAGAGGUCACGAACACCUCCCAGAGCCCUUGCUCUCCAGAUUCCAGUCAGAGCUCCCUGGCUCAGGAGGAAGAGGAGGAAGACCACAGAAGACCCAGGAAACGGAAACAGAGUGGCCAGUCCCCAGCUGGGGCUGGAAAGCAACGCAUGAAGGAGAAAGAACAAGAGAAUGAGAGGAAAGUGACACAGCUAGCUGAAGAGAAUGAACGGCUCAAGCAGGAAAUCGAGCGCCUGACCAGGGAAGUAGAGGCGACUCGCCGAGCUCUCAUUGACCGAAUGGUUAAUCUGCACCAAGCAUGAACAGUUGGGACCAUCGCUUCCCCCUCAGGCCACUACCUCCCGUUCACAAAAGUGGCUGCCAAGCAUCUCCUCCAGUGCCAGUGAUGGGACCCUCAACCCCAUCUAGUCAGGAGUGGGGGAAGCUCGGGGUAGACAACAGGAAAGGGUCUCAGCAUGUAUAUAGAGAUUGUACAUUUAUUUAUUACUGUCGUAUCCAUUAAAGUCACUUUCUAUGA